AGAAACUUUCAGUUUUUUUGUGGGAAUGUAUUCAUUUUUUCCAUAAUGUCUGGAACACCUUUGCACAUUAGUGCCCUGAGAGUCUCCUGCCAUGAUGAGUGUGGCAGCAGCUGCUGUUAUUAAUGGACAGAGUGAGCUGUAAGUUAAGGAGAAGCAGAAAUGUUGGUGUUUGUAGUUUCCGUGUGAUGUGUAUGAGCUCAUAGUGGGGGUCAUGCCAACAUGGGAGGGAUCGGACCGUCAAGUGGACAGCUCUGUAGCCCGCCUGCCCGCCCACUGCGCUCCACUCCACUCCACUCCACACCGGGAGCAGCGCGUCAGGGCUGAUGCCAGCCAGCCGAACAUAGAUGGACUGACGAGGGAGGAACAACAAAAACAAAACCUCUACGCAACUAGAAUAAAUCCAUAAGAGCUGCUCGGCGGGUGAGAAUAAAACUGUGACGCAGCGCUCUCUUACGGGUCCCGGUCCAGGUCAGAGUCCGUUCUGGAGACAGUCAGAGGCGGACAGUGGAGUGGAAAAAGCUUCGGGGAGCGGACGCAGCUGGAGCCCCUCUGCAUCAUCAUUAUAGAGAUCCAAGUGGAAGAGGCUGCAGCCUUUGACCGAUCAGUGGCCUGUUUUGUUGUCCAGUGAUGGAUUCACCUACAGACCUUUUCGAUGACUCCUCCCCCCAGAUACGGACUUUUACUCCCGGUCUCUCCUCCGCAGACCUCCCUGGAGUCCACACCGCUCCCGGCUUCAGACCCCCAGGUUUCCCCCUCAUCCACCAUCUCCUCCAGCCGGGCGGAGGCCCACGGAGGAUCCUGACUGCAAACCAGAACGAAGUGACUGCCACUCAAAUGGAGCAAGAAGAGGGGAUGAUGGAGGGUGAGGACGAGUUGAUGGAGGUGAAAAGGAAGUGCAACGACACCGUCCUCAUGGCUGAGUGGAGUCAAGACGUCAUGAAAGUGAAAAGGAUGAAGCUGGAGUGCAGGCAGAAAGAUAAGCAACUGGAGGAUGGAGGGAAGAGGAGAGAGGGGAGGAGACGGGAGAGGGAGGAGCUGAAGGAGCAGCUUGAGGAGGCCAGGGAGAGAUUGCAGGCCCUGCAGGAGAAAGUCUGGAGGGCGUUUGGGGAAAAGGCAGAGAAGAAGGAGAAGAAAAGAAAGCGUCAGAGGUGUGAUGGCGAUGGAGAUGAAGUGAUGGUGGAGGAUGAGGAGGAUGUCACAGGAGAGAUGUUUGAUGAAGAGGACAUAGAUGGCGCCGAGUUUGAGAAGGAAUCUUUCUCCCUGCUUUCUGUUUCCCAUUUUGACAACUUCCACAAACGGAAAGACGAGUUGCAAAAAGACAGAGAAAGGCAAAUAGAGAGAGGAAGAGAAGGAGACAUGGAGGGCGUCAUGGAGGGAUCGAGACUGUGGCUGGAGUGCGGAGGUCUGACGAGGGGAGACUGGGACGGAGGAGCUGAAGACGAGCAUGAGGAGGGAGGACAGAAGUUUGCUCAGGCUCUGAAGUUGGAGCUGGGCAGCGCCGUGGCGCGAGUCAUUGACCGAGUCCUUCGUCUUUACACGGAGAUGAUGGACCAUUCCUCCCCUCCUGCUGCCAUCUCUUUCCACCCGUCUGAUCAGGCGCAUGAUGGAGGGAAGGAGAGGGAUGGCUGGAUGGGACUGCUGACGAGAGGAAGAGUGGAGGAACCGAUGAAAGAGAAGGAGGACGGAGACAGAGAGCAGCAGCUCAAGAAGUUGGUUCCUUCUGGACCAGAUUUGGCAAUGCCAUUGGCCGUUCACAGGUCACCUGACACGCGGAAGACCUUCCCUCUCCUCGGACCGCCGCUCUCCACCAACAUCAACUCCUCUCACCCAAACCUCCCCCUUCAUCACCCCUCUUUGACCCGACCCACUCCUCUUCCUCACCCUCCACUCAUGCCUCCAGCUUCACACCCCAAAGAGACUUCCUCCUCCACCUCCUUCCACCCCUCUUCAUCAUCCUCUUCUUCCUCCUCGUCCUCCUUCCCCGCACCACCUCCACCUCCUCCGCCUCUUCCUCUUCCAUUACUCCACUACUCCAUGCAGCAGCUCUUCUCCCGCUCGCUCCACCACCCACAGCUCCCUCAUCUCGCUCCGUCUCGGAAGGACUACCUGAACUCCGACCCCUUCCUGGAGUUCUCCUCUCACGCCUCCUUCCCUCCGCUCCCUUUCCUCGGACACCUGGACCCGUCGCUGACUCGCCACGGAGUCAGAGAGAGGGAGAGGGGGGUGAGGGGAGACGGGAGCAUCAGAGGAGGCGGAGGAAUGGACGGAGGAGAGCUCUACCUGACCGCCGGCGGGACCCAGGAGGGAUUGUCUCCCUGCCAUCUGAAGAAAGCCAAGCUCAUGUUCUUCUACACACGGUACCCCAGCUCCAACACACUCAAGACCUACUUCCCUGAUGUCAAGUUUAACCGCUGUGUGACCUCGCAGAUGAUUAAAUGGUUCAGCAACUUCAGGGAGUUUUUCUACAUCCAGAUGGAGCGAUUUGCACGCCAGGCGGUCCGCGACGCUCUCACCCGGGAUGGCGCCGCUCGUAUGGGCCGAGAGAAUCAGCUGCGAGUGGGUCGAGAUACGGAGCUGUACCGCAUACUGAACAUGCACUACAACAAGAGCAAUGUCUACCAGGUUCCUGAGAGGUUCAUCGAGGUGUCAGAAGUGGCGCUGAGAGAGUUUUACUCGGCCAUUUGGACUGGGAGAGACAGCGACCCCUGCUGGAAGAAAGGGAUAUAUAAAAUCAUCUGCAAGCUGGACAGUCCUCUGCCGGAUGCCUUCAGGAUGCCUGGCUGUCCGGUGGGCUGAGCUCUGCGUUUCUCCUCUACAUGAACUCCCAUGCAUGCUCAAUCACAUUCUUAUCAAGGUUUAAAUAAACUGUCAAGGUGUAAAUGAUGGGUCAGGUUCUCAGUUUGAGGUUAAAAACCACUAUUUAGGACAUAAACACAGGACAGACAGUGGACACACUCAGUGCUCAAACGAGAGUCUUGUGACUGCACUUAUCUUGGCCAUACCGCUGAAUUAAAAGCAGGAAUUCCUUCUGCAAACAUUCCUCUGCAGUCAGGCUGCAAACCGCAGCUUUUCUACAUUACACGUUUGAUAAAACUCUCCUGAAACCAAGCGCUGAAACAACCUUGUAUCGUUUAUUCUGUCACAGAUUCAUAACGAGUCCCUCUGUAUGUGUGAGGCUGCGUUUUACUGAUGAUUAGCUGGAAUUUUAGAGAAACAUUCACAGUUAUUCCAAUGAAAAUUUAAUUUAAAGUACCCGUUCAAUACUUCAUCUACAAACUUCAUUGGAAUUUUAAGUGACAUCAACAGAAAAUAGUGUCCAGCUGUGAAGUCAAAUGAAAUGGUUUUCAACAUUUGUUUUUACAAAACAAAGUCGGAUAUGCAUUUGUAUUCAGCCCACUUGAGUCUAAACGAGCGGUUUUCAAAGUUUUUAUAAAGCAUUACCACCAUUUUGACAACGAGUUGGACUUUUUUAGCUUGUUAUGUCAUAAAAAUUAAACCGAAACGUUCUUUUUCAAUUGCACCACUUCACAGAGGAUGUGGUUAAAUUCUGGAAAUGUGGUUAAACUUUGCAUAUAAAAGUCAAUUAUUCCAGCAGAAGAAAACAGUUAAUUUACAUUUUGGAAAAUGUAAAGUAUAACACAAAGUAUGUAUUUUUAUAAUCAGGUGUUUUUAACACAUAGAAUCAUGUUUAUCCAGUGAUUUUACUGAAAAGCCGACUUUGCUGCACCUAAAUCAACUUUAAUUUAAUUUAUUAAAUGUGGCUAAAUAUAGCAAGAGUCUUAAAAUAAAGUAACCAAAUCCUGUUUUUUUAGCUGAGAAUAAAUUUUUUCAAUUGAGCCCAAUUGAGUUGCAAAUGUGCAAAACCAUUUGCACAUCAUUGUCGAUCCCGUUUUGGUUCCUACAAACAACAAACAAAACAAUUGGACUAAUUUAUUUGCUUUAUUUUAUUUUUUUUAAUCUUCCUUACUGAUUAUAUUUAAUUUAACAUUUUGGACACCCUUGACUUAAGGGCUCUCCCGUUACAAACUCUCAACGUCACAGAUUGUUUGUUUUACAUAAGUAUAUGCGCUCACAUCAGUUUCACUGAUUGAUGGAACAAAGACAAUGCCACUGAAAUUCAGUUUUUAAGCAAAAAUGGAAAGUCACAAUUUCAGCACAAAAAGUGUAAGAGUUCAAACUCCCACAGCACUGACAAAAGUUUAAUAUUUUCCUUAUUUGACCAGAGUUUUAUCUUCCAUAGAUUUGCUGUGUUGCAUAGCUUCAUAUUUGGUGGCCCUGGAUUUUAGCUAGGGGUGUCAAAGAUAUUUCUAUUUGUAAACACAAAUGAAAACCACAUAUCAGAUUUCUUCAGCUUCACAAUUAUGCACGACUUUGUGUCGUCACAAACAAUCUCAGCAAAAGACAACGAAAUUUCUGGCUUCAAGGUCAGAAAAUGUGAAAAUACUGAGAGGAUGUGGUGACUUUAGCGAGGAAUAACCUGGCUGGUUCUUUUAAAAGCUUAAAAGAUUAACUUUGAUUUCCUGCAGCUCAAAGAUAAACAUCUGUUAACAAAAACAAGUCAUAUUCCUGUGAAUCCCUUCACUUUCCAGUGGGAAAACACUGUUAACAUCCGAGUUAAUUUUCUAUCAGAAUCCGUUUUUCUAAUUUCCCUCCAUCUGAAGCAGCUUUUAACCUUCAUAGAAAAUAGUUCUUUAUGAUGCUGGACCAAUCUUUGAUUAUUUAUGAGAGUCUAGAAAUUUAUUGAUUAUCCUUCAAAGUGUCUUUGCUCAGAGUGUAUCUAUUGUACAGCUUUUGUGCAUGAUAAAUAAAAAUGUAGUCAACAUGAAAAUUUGUUCGGACACCUUGAAGUUGACAUAGCUGUAUAAUGAUGUUUUUGGUGUUUCUCUUAUGUACUCUUGAAAUAUUUUAUAUUCUUUGAAUGUGAAGCUGAACUAAAUAAGUUAAAAUAUCUGAACUUUUGUUUUAUAUUUUAAAUCUUGUAUGUUGUGAUAGUUUGAUUUGAAAACAAAAUAGCUUUUGUUGGUGUAAUUAUUUGUGACGUGAAUUCAAGUGCGUAUUUCCCAGAUUUGUAAUUUUUAUUUUUAUCUUUUUCCUUUAUAUUGUACAGGAUGUGCUGCAGUCUUUGCUGUAGAUCUGUGCCUCAUUCAGACUUCAAUGGAUUUUACGUCUUAUCAGCUAAUUAAAGUAAUACCAACCUCA